AGCGCCGCGGGCUCCGGAGUGACGGAAGUUGUGCUGUUGGUGGAUGGGGUUCUUCCUUCUUUAUUUACCGGUGGCUGUGCUUCCAAUUUAGGAAGACCCCGGCGACCUGUUCCUCACCCCCGCUUCGCCCUCACACUUUCGGGAUGUCUGCGAUUCCUGCUGAGGAGAGCGACCAGCUGCUGAUCCGACCCCUGUAAGGGACCAGCGAGAGAGGGAAUGAAGCCAUGGGCUGUGAGGGGCGCGAGGGGUAACCGGAGACUUUGACCUCCUCCGUCGCCCGCGCUUCCACCUACCCCGGCAGCCUGCCUUUGGUCCGCGCUUGCGGGCCAGGCUUCUCAGGCUCGAGGGGUUGGAGGACCAUUGAUCGGAAGGGGCCUGCUAUAGAGUGAAUGGGAUUUUGCUUUUUCAUCAGUUUUAGGGGAGGGUAUGUUGGAGUCGGAAAAAAAAAAAAAAGAUUUUCCGGGGCCACUGCUCGCUUUCGUACACGCUAAGAAGCGUUUUCACUUAGCACAAGCACGGAUCUCUGCGCGUCAGGGCAAGCCGUGAGGGAGCCGGUGAAGCUAAUGCCCGACAGGAUGAGAGGAGGACCUGAAUGAGGCUACAGCGGUGCAGGGAAGAAUUAAGUCUGUUUCUUAACACCAGAGCUUCACAUGUGCCAGAAGUUAGAAAAUAUUAGGGACUUGCCGUGAGUUUCGAUCUUCUCAGCUCAGGCCCUAGUAGAAUAAGGAAGGUGUAAAGCUGGAGAGGAGAAAGUGCAGAGGUGUUAGGGACAAAAACUCAGCCCUCGGCUGUCCAUAAGGAGAGUGGCCUUUCAGUGGACACGAUCCUCAUCAGUCGGGAAUGCUGCUGAAGGGGAGAUGCAAAUGUAGAGAACUUGAAUUCCUACAGAUGAGCAUUUCGAACCCACAACAUGUUUAUUGUUAGAUAUUAGUUGGCACAACAUGAAUAUACGCUUUCCAAAAGGUAGAAAGUAUCUCCUUUACACAUUUAUUCAGUAAGGCUUCAUUGAGCACCUGCUUGGGACAUAGUCCGUUUCCUUCUGUUUAGUUCACACCUGUCAUGUCUUCCUGUGAUGAGCAAACACUGAGCAAGUGUCAAGCACCACACAUGGGCAUACAGACGCAACAGAGGGCCCAGUUAAUUGCUGUCGCCCUUUUGGAGAGAAUUACAGUGCACAGUGGGAAAUAUUGGAGAGAUACUUUGGAAUAAUAGGAGACCAUUACUUUGAAGUCAGACCUGAAGUCCAUUAUCUACUUGACCACUUAAUAGGACAGCAAUCUCACUGAACCCGUUUUCUCAUAUGGAAAUAAGAUGAAACUUGAAGAGUAAACAUCGCGGUAGGUGCUUUGUAAAUAAUAGCUAAUCUAAGAGCGCAGGUAGGCAUUGCACUGAGCACUGUGAAAGUAUGGGAAAGGGAUUUCUGACAGAUUGAGGAAAAAAGGAUACCUCAUGGAUCCUGAAAAAUGUAAUGUCUGAGCUGAGUCCUAAAGAAUGAGUAGGAGUUAAAGACUGUGGGGGCCAGGAUGUUCUAGGCAGUGGAAGUGGCACAUAUGAAAGUGACAGUGGUCACAAAUUGUGGCCAGAUUCCUCAUGGCUGUAGCUAAAGAGUUGAGUUAGCAGAUGAAGCGACAGGCAGUUGAGGUCCACUUUAGGAAGCACCUCUUAUACAUAGGAGUUUGGACCUUUAUCAGGUCAAUUACAGGGAGCCAGUGAAUGCUAUUAAGCAAGCAUGGAUACUGUGGGAAUUAUGUUUUAGGAAAAUCACUCCUGGCAGCAGUACAGCAGAUGAAUAAAAGGAUGGAUUGAGUAGAGCAGAUUCAGUAAGAUAUCAUUGUAAGAUUCCAAGUCUAGGUGAUGAGAGCCUGUAGUGGAUGACAUGAGUGUGAGAGAGUGUGCAAAUGAGAUCUUCAGGAUUUUGUGGCUGAUCAGCUGUAUCUGGAAGGGUGGUUGUCGGGAGGGAAGGCAGGGCAGAGAGGAUGUUAUGAUCAGAUUCUUAAGUUUGGCAGUUGGGAAAGGGUAGUGUUAUUCACCCAAGGAGUAUAAGAGAUGGGACAACUCUGGAGUAAAUUUGGGAGUUCGGUUGUUUCGUAACAGCUUUAUUGAGAUACAGUUUACAUACCAUACAACUCACAGUUUACAUACCAUACAACUCAUUUAAAGAGUAUAAUUCAGUUGUUCUUAACAUAGAGUUAUACAACUAUCACCUCUCUCUAAUUCCAGAACAUUUUCAUCACUCCCAAAAGAUACCUUGUAUUCAUUAGCAGUCAUAGACAAUCCCCACUACCUCUCCAGCCCUAAGCAACCACUAAUCUACUUCUCUAUAGAUUUGCCUGUUCUGGACAUUUCAUAUAAGUGCGAUCAUACAAUACAUACUCUUUUGUCUCUGGCAUCUUUCAUUUAGCAUAAUCUUUCCAAGGUUCAAAAUCGAGGAGUUUUAUUCAUUCAAUAAGUAUUUUUUAUGAUUUACUACAUGCCAGCUACUGUAGCAAUACAGCAGUGAAUAAGAUGGACAAUGUCUCUGUUCUUAAGAAGCUUUCAUUUACUAGCCUGAAAUAAGACAUAAGUAGAUACAAUAACUUCAUGUAGUUGUAUUAAGAUAACAUGAUGCUAGGUUGUGGCUUGCCGUGAAGGGCAAAUUAGAGGAGGUAGUCAAGGGAAAGCAUCUGAGAAGGUGACAUUGGAACUGAGACCCAAAUGAUACAAAGGAGCCAACCACAUCAAUAUCUGAAGACAGCAUUUCAGGAAGAAAGUAGAGCAAGUACGGGGCAUAUGGUGGAAACUAGUUUGGCAUCUUGAAUAUGAAGUUCCGGAAGAGAUCCUAGUAGAGAUACCUAGUGUCACGUGUAUGUAUUAAAGGUCUAGGAUUCAGAAAAACAAUCUGGGUUACAAAUACAGGCUUGGAAGUCCUUAGCAUGUCAGAAAGAUGAGAAUGAAGAUUGAGAAGGUGGCCAAGGAGCAAACCCUCGAAAUAUCAACAUUUAAAGGUGGAGCUGGGCAAGAAGUAGGAAGAUCAUGUAUUAUUCUCGAGUUCAAAGGAAGAAAAAUAAUGCUCGACUGUGGGAUCCACCCUGGCCUAGAAGGAAUGGAUGCUCUUCCUUAUAUUGAUUUAAUUGACCCAGCUGAGAUUGAUCUCCUAUUAAUUAGUCAUUUCCAUUUGGAUCACUGUGGAGCCCUGCCCUGGUUUCUACAGAAGACAAGUUUCAAAGGAAGAACAUUUAUGACUCAUGCCACAAAAGCUAUUUAUAGAUGGCUUCUUUCCGAUUAUGUCAAAGUUAGUAACAUAUCAGCGGAUGACAUGCUGUAUACUGAGACAGAUUUGGAAGAAAGCAUGGACAAAAUUGAAACUAUCAACUUUCACGAAGUUAAGGAAGUUGCUGGAAUCAAGUUUUGGUGUUACCAUGCAGGCCACGUCCUAGGAGCCGCCAUGUUCAUGAUUGAGAUCGCAGGCGUGAAGCUUUUGUACACUGGUGAUUUCUCAAGACAAGAAGAUAGGCACUUAAUGGCAGCUGAAAUUCCUAAUAUUAAGCCUGAUAUUCUUAUCAUUGAAUCUACUUAUGGGACCCAUAUCCAUGAGAAACGUGAAGAGCGAGAAGCAAGAUUCUGUAACACUGUCCACGAUAUUGUAAACAGAGGAGGCAGGGGUCUCAUUCCCGUCUUUGCUCUUGGAAGGGCUCAGGAGCUGCUCUUGAUUCUGGAUGAGUACUGGCAGAAUCACCCAGAACUACAUGACAUUCCAAUAUACUAUGCAUCAUCUUUGGCCAAGAAGUGUAUGGCAGUGUACCAGACAUAUGUAAAUGCCAUGAAUGACAAAAUCCGCAAACAGAUCAACAUCAAUAAUCCCUUUGUUUUCAAACACAUUAGUAACCUCAAGAGCAUGGAUCAUUUUGAUGACAUUGGUCCCAGUGUUGUAAUGGCCUCCCCAGGCAUGAUGCAAAGUGGCUUAUCCAGAGAGUUAUUUGAAAGCUGGUGUACCGAUAAGAGGAACGGUGUCAUUAUAGCAGGAUACUGUGUAGAAGGGACACUUGCCAAGCACAUCAUGUCUGAACCUGAAGAAAUCACUACUAUGUCUGGACAGAAGUUACCACUGAAAAUGUCUGUUGAUUACAUUUCUUUCUCAGCUCACACGGAUUACCAGCAAACCAGUGAAUUUAUUCGUGCUUUGAAACCGCCUCAUGUGAUUUUAGUCCAUGGAGAACAGAACGAAAUGGCCAGAUUGAAAGCAGCACUGAUUCGAGAAUAUGAAGAUAAUGAUGAAGUUCACAUAGAGGUUCAUAAUCCUCGGAAUACAGAAGCAGUGACCUUAAACUUCAGAGGAGAAAAACUAGCCAAGGUUAUGGGAUUUUUAGCAGACAAAAAACCAGAACAAGGCCAGCGGGUCUCAGGAAUACUUGUUAAAAGAAACUUUAAUUAUCACAUACUUUCUCCUUGCGACCUGUCCAAUUAUACUGACUUGGCCAUGAGCACUGUGAAGCAGACCCAAGCCAUUCCAUAUACUGGUCCCUUUAAUUUGCUCUAUUACCAGCUGCAGAAAUUGACAGGUGAUGUGGAAGAAUUAGAAAUUCAAGAAAAACCUGCUCUGAAAGUGUUCAAAAAUAUUACUGUAAUACAAGAACCAGGCAUGGUGGUAUUAGAAUGGCUGGCAAACCCUUCUAAUGAUAUGUAUGCAGAUACAGUAACAACUGUGAUAUUGGAAGUUCAGUCAAAUCCCAAAAUAAGAAAAGGUGCAGUACAGAAGGUUUCUAAAAAAUUAGAAAUGCACGUUUACAGCAAGAGGUUGGAGAUCAUGCUUCAGGACAUAUUUGGAGAAGACUGUAUAAGUGUAAAGGAUGACUCUAUUCUUAGCGUCACAGUGGACGGGAAAACUGCCAACCUUAACUUGGAGACACGGACUGUAGAAUGUGAAGAGGGAAGUGAAGACGAUGAAUCCCUUCGAGAAAUGGUGGAGCUGGCUGCACAGAGACUGUACGAGGCCCUGACGCCAGUUCACUGAGACUGUCUGUAUAUGAACUUUGAAAAAAUACUUGACUCUACUUCUGUUACCUAAAAUAAAAUGCAUUCGUUUCUCUG